GAGAGAUCGUUUAGCAUUAAAAAAACCCCGCUUUCGAACGGUACCGACCUUGAAGGGCGCAUAACUCUUAUGAGUUAAGCUACCACAUUUCCUUUAUUAUGAUAGACACCCCGAAUCGGCCGCAGCAACUUUUCCUAUGCGAUAGCUACGUACAUACUACGUAGGAACAAACAUGACUAGACAAGGAUCAGAGUGUGAUUGAUCGCCUGGCAGUUGGUUGCAUCUGCUCCCACGACUAUCCCCAAUGGUGUUUAGUGUCCCAUGGCUUCUCUGCUUCUAGCUUCUUGACUUACUGCCACAAUCUCGACUCAACAGCACCGUAGUUUUUCCAGCGGGAGUGUUCGACGAGCCGUGACAUUAUGGGACGGCUAAGUCGAGGCUGCAUACGCUGUCGGGAAAGGCGCGUUAGAUGCGACGAAGCUCGCCCGAGCUGCCAGUGCUGCAUCAAGCGCAAUGAAAUCUGUGAAGGGUAUCGCGAUGAGUCUAGUCUCGUUUUUAGACAUGAGACGAGAAGGUUAAUUGAGCAUGCGCGUGCUUCGGCGGCGUCCUCUACAUCCAGCUCGACACCAAGUUGCCUUCGGAGAAGUCGUUCUGUAGAGGGAUCUCCAAGCGCUGUCUACUCUUCAUUGACUAUUGAUCACCCAUCCGACCUCUCACAGGCCGAGGCAGAUAGCCUAAGAGCACGGUUCUCUAUGUCAUGGCUUAAACAACAACCCACCCAGACACCAGCGUCAAUUGAAGACCACGCGGUGGACCGAUUCAUGGAGAAGUUCGUUUUAUACCCUUGCAACGAAACUUCAACUCCAGGUUUCCUCGAACAUUUACCAUCUCUAUUUCAACGUGUCAAUAUUGAGGGUAGGUACGCUCUACGUUGGGCCGUAAGAGCUGCUGCGUACGCCGACUUAUCGAAGGACGCCAGCGGCGAACCGCUGGCGCACAAAGCCUUGCAUUGCUAUGGCAUGGCUCUUUCAGCUCUGGGACAGUCGCUUGCCGAGCCUGCCAAGACACCUGAUGAUUACGAUCUAAUGACAGUCGUCAUAUUGGACAUUUUUGAGACAUUGUUCCUCUCCAACACGGCUAAUAAAGGAGCACAUGCUCAAGGUAUGGCCCAAAUUCUACGGCUACGAGGUUCAGACCAAGUUUACAAUCCUCGUGGAUGGAGUCUUUUCCGGCUGGCCCACCAUAGAAUCCAAAAACAGCAAUUGGCACUGGGCAUGUCUCCAAUGGUCGAGUCAAAUGACUGGUUGGAACAGCUUAGCGACGAUCUAAGCUAUGUGCGGAUUGAGAAGGAUGCAUUCAAAAUCAAACAGACUUGCGUUAGAGCCCAAAGCCUGCUCGACCUCAUGGUUUCACAACAGCUAGCACCUAGCCAAUUACUUUCCUUUGCUCGAGAUAUGUUGGUGAUUGAUGAAGAUGCGGCUAAAUGGCGACAGAGUUCUAAAUGGGCCUUCAAAACCUUGCGGACGAUUGACUUGACCCUACGCAAUGCCACUAUUUGCUAUACCCCAACUAUUCAACUACAUUCUGACAUCUGGAAUGCUUACGAAUGGAACUAUCACAGGACAGCGCGUAUCAUCUUCCAUCAACAACUCCUGAAGUGUUUACAGGCUGCACUAGAUUCGGAUGAUCUCGAAGUUACCUUUUCCUCCGAUAUUUGGGCAAUAAUCCAGCAUUCCAUUGCCACUGUUCACCAGCUCGCAGACGAGGUCCUGUCCACAGUGCCGCAAGCAUUUGGCGAUAUUGAUCCUCUCGGCCGCGAACGAGACGUAGCGAAAGGACCACCAAAAUUCCGAGCCAUCGGAUCUUACCUUCUCUUAUGGCCCAUCAAGAUCAUCAAAGCCGAAGCUGCCUGGACAACGGAAGAACAGAAAAGGAAUGCACAAACUGUUUUCGAACGAAUACGUGAUUACACGGGGAUGAAGUCUCUCCUAGGAGAUAUGAGUUGUAUUUGAAGGAGCACUUGGUACUAUAUCGAUUCGCUUUCAGCUUCUAGAAGCCGAACACCCUAUUUCGAGUCAACCACAGCCAUUGGGCUUGCUUCCUUGCCCUCUAGAUGAGCAGGCCCGUAGGUGGAUUGGUAUUACCUUAUAUCGACCAGGAAUCAGGCGUUUCAAUAUUCAUCUCUAGCUUGUAGAAGCCCACUACAGCCAGUAUCAAUAGAAAUAGUAACACUUUGUCAACAUCAUUUCUCACAGUAUUUGUGUCUUAGAGACUGUAUUUGCGUUGCUUCUCACUGACGAGUCGUUCCAAACCACCGACCGACCGUGAAGUAGUAUGCCCCUUUGUGUCCUUGAAAAUUCUAUGCACUGUUUGGCUUCUUGAUAACAGUCUCUCCGAGCUCCUCCCCAUCCGCUAACUUCACCUUUUCGGC